AUGGUUAUAAGAUCGAAACAUUUUGGCAUUAGGGUUUCUCUCUCUGAAUGGAGGUUGGUCGCUUCAAAUGCAAGAGUGUGGAGUGAGCAACAACAAGACCUAAGAGACCGAGGUCGAGGUCGAGGACGGGCUAGUCAAAGAGAGGGACAUCAUCAGGAGACUGAGUUUGAUGCCUUUCCUUCUAUUCAGCAAGUUAUCCAGCCGAUUACAGAUACGACUGUGAUUAUACAUGUUAUCUUAGAACCAAGGGAGUUACCAAAGGAGAAUAUUGUCGCUCCUGUUGAAAACUCCGAAUCACUCCAUAAUAUUGAUCUGAAAGCCAAUAUGAUCGAAGCCACUAUUCCUGCAGCCGUUAUUCCUGAAGCCUCUAACUCUGAUGCUGCUAAAUCUGAUGCUGCUAAUCCUGCAGCCGCGAUUCCUGAAGCCAGUGUUCCCUCAUUGUCUGAACCUGCUCCAACUGACAGCAUGCAUCAUGAAGAAAUUCCAGGUUGGUCUCUUUCUGAGGUGGACAAGAUGGCCAUUGAUACAAUGCAGCUUGCACAGCGAAUGGAAGAGGAUGAUGAAGAUUACGACGAGGAGGAUGAGUGA